GGAUAUAUCCUCACCCAGUGAGUUUGUUUUAAUUGAACAAUUGGAGAGGAAAACCCUGGAGAGUUUUAUUUAGAAAGUUACAAAGUCUUCCACAAAAAAGGAAAGCUUUAGCAUUGUGUGAGAACCAUCCUGUCCUUGGCCUGAAGGAUUAAUUUAUGGUGAUCCAUUGUUUGGUACAUCUUGAUCGUCGAUUUUGGCAGCUAAAGGAAGUAUCCUGCUCUCUCGGGUGGAAGAGGAAAUGAAGAUGGCGAAUGAUGAGGAGUCUCACUGGGCAAACACCACCUCAGUGUCGGAGUUCAUCCUGCUGGGGUUCUCCAGCCACCCCAAGACGCAGCUGCUGCUGUUUGUGCUCUUCCUAGCUAUCUACCUGGCGACCCUCUUUGGGAACAGCCUUCUCAUUGCCCUUGUCAAGACUGACUCCCGUCUUCACACACCCAUGUACUUCUUUCUGGCCAACCUUUCCUUUUUAGACAUCAGCUACACCACCACUACUGUACCCCAGAUGCUGGUCCACCUGCUCUCCACAAAGAGAAGCAUUUCCUAUGUUGCCUGUGUUGCGCAGAUGUACAUCUUCCUUUCUGUGGGGAUAAUUGAAUGUAUACUGUAUGCUGUAAUGGCCUAUGAUCGGUACGUGGCCAUUUGUCAUCCCCUACGCUACACAGUCAUCAUGAACAGGUCAGUCUGCAUCAAGAUGGCCAUCGGCUUCUGGGUAUCUGGCUUCUUCUUUGCCACGUUGAAUGCAGCCUUCACCAUGAGGUUGCCCUACUGCAGCUUAAAUGAAAUCAAUCACUUCUUUUGCGAAGUGCCAGCCAUUUUGAAGCUGGCCUGUGCAGACACACACCUCACUGAACUGGUCAUCUUUGUGUCGGCAGUUAUAAUCCUGCUGACCCCACUGUCUUUGAUCCUAAUCUCCUAUGUAUUCAUCCUGGAAGCCAUCCUGAGGAUCAGCUCCGGGGAGGGGAGGUUCAAAACCUUCUCCACCUGCACCUCACACAUCACUGUUGUGACUCUCUUCUACGGUGCUGCCAUGUUCAUGUACAUGCGCCCAGCCUCCAGCUACUCACCUGAGCGGGACAAAAAGUUCUCCCUCUUUUACAAUGUGGUGUCUGCCCUCCUGAAUCCUCUUAUCUACAGCCUGAGGAACAAGGAGGUCAAAGGAGCCGUACUCAAAAUGAUGGGCAAGACAGACCACUGA